UUACAUAUUCACGAAAUACUAACCGUUACCAUUGAUCUUUAAUCGAAAGGACUGUGGUACAGGCUCCUCAAGCAAUAUAAUUGUAUUCUUGUAAAGCUAACACAGGACUUAGUAAUUUUAUAAUACGGAAAGAAGGACACUUUAGCUGAAGGUCGGUAAUAUUCCAAGAAUACUACUGAAAUAUAAUAACAAAGGACUUUAUACAGCAAUUGUGCAUUUCAGAUGGCGUUCUUUCUAUGCUGCCGCCGUCGUUUUAAAACGCAAGUGGGCGUCCUAAUUCCGGCAAAGAUUGCCUAUAACGAGGACAAGCCGGAGGGAGACGUUCCGGAAGACACUAAAUUCGGCUGGAUGGCGUGUAAGGAUGAUGAAGAAACGAAGGAGGGUGACCAAUUGCAGUUAUCCACAUUACAAAAGACGGUAGCUUCAAUCGUUCAACCGUCUUUAAACGACAACGAAACAGCAGAAGAGUAUUGUAAAAAUUUUGUAACCGAGCAUAAACAAAGAAUAAGGUCGAUUGGAUGUUCAAUUCGUCAAUUAAUAUCGAAUUUAAACGGUCUAAGACCAUCGAAGAGCAGUUGUUCAAAUUCUUUUGUUUGUUUUAAUCAUGACUCUGAUGGAAGUUUUUAUGUACGAGCAAAUUUUAUAGAGGAGAAAUUAUCCACUUUCUAUCAGCAAUUCUUCAUUCAUUUGGCAACUUUCGUUUUCGGAGAAGAAAUUGACAUGAAAAUCGCCGAAGACAAGGAGACAGUUGUUGUCUAUAGAGUAACAUGCAAAAAUCGCCCAAAGGACAACACUCCAUCAAAGUUAGACUAUCCCAUUGAUAUGGCAACAAUGUGUGAAAUACUACCGUUUCAUCUCAUGCUCAACAAGGAUCUCUUAAUUGAACAACUAGGAUCUGCUUUGUCUAGAAUAUUACAGCUCCACGACUUUCAACAUCAGGUACACUUUGCUAAGUAUUUCUCUAUCGUUCAACCUCAAAUUGAUAUGAUCAUACCUCAAACGAUUGCGUCAAAUACGAAUGUUCCCUUUGAAAUACAACUUCGAUUUGGUUCUCAAAGCCAUCUUAAUUUCAACUCGGAAAACGGUCUUGCCGUUGUUGCCCAGAAAUUGAAGUUGAAGGGUCAAUUCCUUUUUGUUGAAGAAUGCGACAGCUAUCUAUUUCUUGGUUCUCCCGUAGUUGCUGGAUUAGAUCAAUUGAUUGGCAAUGGCAUAUUUAUAUCGGAUGUACCUAUUCAUGACGCAACAAGAGAUGUCAUUCUCGUAGGGGAACAAUCAAAAGCUCAAGAUGGUCUAAAGAAAAGAAUGGAGCGACUUAACGCCGAAGUAGAAGAGGCUUGUAAAGCGGUUGAAGUGGAGAAAGAAAAGAAUGUAGAAUUAUUAAAUUUAAUAUUUCCAGAGAAUAUUGCUAAGGAAUUGUGGCUAGGAAAUGAAGUUGUUCCAUCGAAUCUCGAAGAUGUAACAAUGCUUUUCUCAGAUCUUGUUGGAUUUACAAGUAUUUGUUCUACAGCCACGCCUUUUCAGGUUAUUCGAAUGCUCAGCGCUUUAUACACUCUAUGUGAUGCUGCUUGUGAAAAAUUAGAUAUUUAUAAAAUAGAAACUAUCGGAGAUGCAUAUUGCGUCGCCGGAGGUCUACACAAAACAAGCAAAUACCACGCACAACAGAUUUGUUGGAUGGCUUUAGAGAUGCUCAAUGCUGCCGGCAAAGUUAAAACUCAUGAUAGUAGACCCAUCAGGAUGCGCAUUGGAGUUCAUUCUGGACCCGUUAUGGCUGGUGUUGUUGGAAAGAAAAUGCCUCGAUAUUGUUUAUUUGGUAAUAAUGUUACUUUAGCAAACAAAUUUGAAUCUGGUAGCGAAGCCAUGAAAACAAAUGUUAGUCCAACGACUUAUAGACUGGUAGAAAAUACAAAGGGUUUCUCGUUCGUGCCAAGAAGAAAGGAGGAUUUACCAAAAGGCUUUCCUGCAGGUGAAGGUAUAGGUUACUUCCUUCAAUCCUACAAGCAUUCUACGGUUUCGGAUGAAAGUUGUAUUGAACUUCACACUGAAGCAGCAAUGAAAGAGUACUUCCCAAUAUCAUAAACUCCUUAGAUAUAGUCUUAUAUUCGAUUUUGUAUGAAAAAUAAAGAAUGUCUAGUGCACCUUGUAACAAAAAAUACAUAUUCAUCUGUAUAUAA